AUGUGCACAGUUUCCCAACUGUAUAAGUGCAAUAGACGGGAAACAAUUAUAAACAGUACUAUUCUAUGGUACUGCGAUGCCAAUUAUUGCUUCACGUAUAUUGAAGUGGGAUCAUAUGGUAAAUCAAGUGAUGCUGGCAUAUUCACAAAUUCUAAACUUUAUGAACGAUUAGUUGGUGGUACAUUAGGAGUUCCUGCACCAUGUGCUAUUGACGAAACGAAGGAAAAAUAUCCUUUCAUAAUAGUUGGCGAUGAGACAUUCCCCUUAUCCGAAAAUUUGCUUAGACCUUUUGGAGGUAAACAACUGACGCCUUUAAAAGAAACUUUCAAUGCUAGAUUAACCCGAGCCAGAAGAUAUAUCGAAUGGUGUUUUGGUAUUCUAGCCAACAAAUGGCGUAUAUUUCAUUGA